AUGCACGCAUAUUCGAACCUGGAGAGGUACGAAAGAAGCCUUCCGCCAGACCCACGCUCCAAUCCGGCAUUCAAACGAGAAGAAACGACUAAUUUUGAGCUCAUCAGCGGAGACAUCAUAUUGAGCGUCCGCCAACAGCCAAAAGAAGCACUGCAGGCAGCGGACGGGAAGGAAAAAGGACGUAAGCCCGUCGAUCCUCCGCCGGUUGUUCAGCUCAAAGUUCGACAUAGUGCAGACCCAGCUGAACUCUACAUGCAAAGCCCUUACCUGUUUAUGUGCACGACCCUCUACAAACCGGAUGUCAACGAGCCUCUAGCGAAGAAUGGGAGCAACGUUCUGCUUGGUUGUUUAGCCUCGUCGCUUCACCGCCUCAAGGAUGUUGAUAACCAAGACACAGCCUUUUUUAUCUGGGGUGACAUAUCGGUGAAGAUAGCGGGCGAAUUUCGUUUGCAUUUCAGCCUUUUCAAUUUGCACAAGGAUACCAACGAGGUGCAAUACCUAGGAAGUAUCACUUCCGACAAGUUUAGAGUCGUGCCACCGAGGGAUUGGAAAGGGAUGCAAGAGUCCACUUACCUCUCUCGUGCUUUCUCGGACCAGGGCUGUCGGUUAAGGUUGCGGAAGGAGCCCAAGGGGGGCGGAAUGUAG